AUGGCCGAAGCCCUUGGUAUCGCCACUGGCCUCAUCGGCGCCAGCGACGUCAUUAUCAAGGCGGCUAGAUCCCUGACUAAGUUCAUCUCCGAUUUCCGGAAUGCUCCCAAAGAGGUGACAAAGCUCAAACUAGAACUUGAAAACCUAGAGGCUAUCAUCGCUGCUAUUCAAGGCUACCUUCGCUCAUCAAAGGCGACCCAACAGCCAUUACUGGCCUCAUCGCCUGUUGGGCGAGCCAUCCAACAAUGUUGUGACUAUAUGGGCAACAUAACAGAUGUGUUGAUGUCUGACAAUCAGAAACCCAUCAACAGAUCUCUCUGGGCUCUAAAGAACAAAGAGCGGUGCUUGGAUAUCGUUACGGAGAUCACUCGCUAUACCAAUCUCUUCCAUCUCGCGCUGAGCCUCGAUGGGUGGGAGCUGUUCUUCAAAUCUUCUCUUGAGACUACCAAGGCUCUCACUCAAAUCCAUGACGACCUGAAGAGGGUCAUAGAUGCCAUCAGACCGCUCCAGGACAUGAAGAACGACCUUGCUGAGUGGGAGGAUCAUCUACUUGCCAUUAAAGAGGCUAUCCAGUUUUCUUCGGCGAUUCCCGCCACUGCCCACAAUCUCAAUCAUCUCGAUGGGAAAGAGAAAUCUCUUGACUUCAUCACCAAGGUGAAGCUCGAACCAAAGCAUCGUGACGUUGCGAGAGUUCGUCAUGAAGAUACCUGUCUCUGGGUGCAGGAGUGUGGUGCCUUCAAGAAAUGGUUUAUUGAGAAUACAGAGCCUUGUUUAUGGAUGCACGGCAUUCCAGGGUGUGGCAAGACAGUGAUAUUCAGCUCCAUGGUGGACCAUCUCACACAGAAACAGCGAGGCUCCGACGGCCUUGCUAUCCCAGUAUACUUCACAUAUCAGGAUCCUACUCUGCAUGACGUCGACGUAGUUUUCCAAGCUAUCCUACGAUAUGCCGCCGAUUUCUUAUACGACAAGACUAGCACACGUGAGAUGUUGCAAGACUUGCGACAGCAGUGCCGACAUCCUCAAGAGCGGCCGCUCACCCUCCCAGAAUGUUUCGAUUCGUUGAAAAGUCUAGUCAAGCCCGAUACUACUCUUUUCCUGUGUUUCGACGGCGUCGAUGAGCUUCCUGAUGUCUCCCAACAGCGCUUACUCAAGGGGCUAUCCAGUCUCAAAAUGAUAAUACCUAAGAUCAAAAUGAUCGUCUCUUCUCGGUCCAAUCUGAAUCUCCGGGCCAUCGAACAUGUCGAACUCGCGGUUACCGCCAGCGAGGGCGAUUUGAGAUUAUAUUUAGAUUCUAUCGUUGCCGAUAUCAUUGACGAGAUAGCUGCUGAUUUGACAAGGCCACAUGCUGACGGGCUCCAGCGGGACAUCGUCGAUCGAAUCAUAAAAAGCUCGAAUGGCAUGUUUUUGCUUGCGACUCUCCAAGUUCGGCAAUUGAGAUCGGCAGCAUCGCUCCGUGAGAUUCUUGAGCUGUCCCAUAGUUUGCCUCAGGAGGUAGAUGCCCAGUACUUGAUGUACUUCGAUCGAGUGAAGACUCAACCACGCAACAAAAUCGCCCUGAAUGCCAUCCAAUGGGUUAGUUGCGCGUAUCGCCCUCUACAGGUACCAGAGCUACUGGAGGCAUUAUCGAUUCGGGAUGGUGAUUCGAACCUCGACCCCACAGGCAUAGUCGCCAUUAAUAGGAUCAUUCAAGCUGCUGGCGGGCUGCUAGUCCUCGACAUCGAAUCGAACGUGGUACGACUAGUACAUGACUCGUUAAGAGAUUACAUAGAUCGUAAUCAGGAAAGAAUUCUCGGAACUCCUCAUUUCCAUAUCCUCACUACUCUCGCCACGUAUUUGAAUUUUGACGCGUUUGACAAUAAACCAGGCCGAGUUAUUCCCGAAAAUUGGCUGGAUAUUGAGCUACUUAAAGGGGACCAUAAACUUCUGGGCUAUGCAUGUUGCCAUUGGAAUCACCACCUUCUUUCAGGAGCUGCUUCUGGGCAAUCCCUUGGCGUACAGAUCGUAGAAAGAACUGCAACAUCAUCGGCAUUGCUACGAAUGGCCACGCUUGCACGUCUCGGUUCUGUUGUCUCUGGAUUAACCCCCUUUGAUGUGGCAGUGUUAUGGGAAAAUCCUACCCUCGCAUCGUAUAUCUUUAGUAGUGGCAAGGUCAGCUUGAUCAACCAACCUAGUCAACGACUGACAGCACUUCACAUAGCAGCAAGAUUCAACAACACGCCUUGCGCCGAAAUAUCCAUGAGGGUGUACCCUGGUCUUGCUGUUAAAGACUACGCUGGAAACACGGCGAUUCACAACGCAGCUUUGUACGGAUCUGAAGCGGUUCUCCGAGUCUAUCUAGAAGCCGUUGCCAAGGUUGGUAACUUGGAAUCUAUCAUAAAUCGUUUAGAUCAACCAGGGUGGACGCCAUUGCACCUAGCCUUGAGAAACGGACAUCUUAAUUGCGCUAUGCUGCUCCUCAGCCACGGAGCGGAUCCUAACGUCACGACGGUAUUAGGUCAGACGGCAGUUCACUUAGCCAUUGAAUCUUGUCCAUCUGCUCUUCCUAGAUUGCAAGAGGCUGGAGCCAUAUUCGGAGGCCUCACUAAGACAGCCCGCUCAGCUCUACACAUCGUCUGUGCCCUCGGAAAUAUCGACGCGGAUCUGCGACCCGUUCUUGAGACUCUUGACCCAAAUGCGUGUGACAGCGAUGGGGUCACACCUCUGCACGCACUUGCAGCAUCUAGAAACCCAGAUAUUGCGGCAGCAGAUUGGCUGAUCAGUUUGGGUGCUGAUAUUAACCUAUCAGAUAAACACCAUGUUUCGCCGCUUCUUGCGAGCCUUAGGGAGAAGAACUAUCAAAUGGCCGAAUAUCUAUUGAGCAAAGGGGCUCGCGCGAACUGUGAAACUAGCAACGGAAUACUUCCCGGACUUAUCGCAGCCGGCCAAGAGUCUUGCCCUCCCCAAUUGGUCGAAGUUGGGUUUGAACAAUUCCGAAGCCGGGUCCUUCUUGCACAGGGCAGUAAAACGGCAAAAACCAGAAGAAGAGCGACCCCUCUGCACCUUGCUGUCCUCUUGGCACCAGUUCAUCCGCGCCACUCAACCAUCAAGCCACAGCGGUCGAAUAUCACGAGUCUCCUACUGCAGAACCAUGCUAACCCACACGACGUUUCGUAUAAUGGCUUUACCCCGAUUCACAUUGCCGUCAUUCGAGAUUCAACGACAAUCCUUCGACAGCUGUUGGGCGCCUCGGGAAGCAGCAUAGGCAAGAGCCGCUACUUACCUGAUGGAACGCCUCUACUGGCAUUUUCCGCCGUCCACUCAUCGCCAUCAUGCUUCAAGUAUCUUUUCGAGUUCGCUCAUCAAGACCAUGGGGGCAAAUUAAAUCCAAGUCAUUUCAUAGAUAUUCUUCCGCUACUCUUGGACUAUGCAGAGGGCGUGUUCUCGGAAGACGACCUAGCAGGCCGAAUUCAAACUUAUAGGACAGAGUUAGGCCUUUCUUUGAUUCCGAGAGGAGGUGUUGACCGAGACACGGAUACUUCUCUUCAACAAUGUAGUCUCGGGGGUACCCACAGACUUCCAUGCACUAGCUUUCAUAAUCUCUGCGAGAAAAUAGUAUUACUAGCGAACUUUCAGAACUCCAAAUUUCCCUCUACCGCUCUUCAUCUCUUAGAUCGGCUCAAAAGCUGGCAAUCGAACCAUGAAAAAAUGGCCGGCAUCUCAAACGCCUCGCAACUCAUUACAGAACAUCGAGAGCUGGCGUCCGAGGCUGGUUACAUCGGCCAAGUGUGGCAUACAGGGUGUCGCCAAGACCUUGUUCACGCCCUUUUCGCCCUUAGGUGGCCAGAGAAGGCGUCCAAUGGUAUGAGUAUCUCCAAAAGGCGCGGACGCCUGCGCAAUCACUCGGAGCACGGACAUCACUGGGAAGAUUCGGUGGCUUUAUCCUCAUCGUCGUGUGAACCUCACGAGGACCUUGGGUCUUCCAGAUUCGCGGCUCGACAUGGGUCCAUUGUUGCCACCAUGGCCAAGAGGAUACCGUCCAGAUUCACUCGGUCUUCGAUAGCGGGAGGACUAAGCCAGAACGAACUCAGAGCCUACGACGGAGCUAGAAGGAAUCUUUUAAACCCACCUACUUCUCCGGAGGAGAUGAAGAAGUCGAUAUUAGGUCACAUAGAUAAGCUGAAAGAAACCCUUCGGCUGCGAGAUCGAUACCCUAUCCACGAACAAGAAGCACAACGGCGAAACUCCCAACGCAAGGGAUCAAAAGUGUUUGAUAUCAUCACCGAUGAAGAACUCGAGCCUGUAUAGAAUGCCCUUACAAGGCUAAUCGCCAUUCUCUCAAUUUCUCUCUCUUCCUAGCAUAGCGCUUGUCCGUCUUCCAUAAUAUUUCCGUUGCGAUUUCGUAUAAAUAUGUUUACCGUUUUAUUUCGAAAUAAAUACUUGUGCUGGAAAUCUGUCUUGAGUGUCGCAUAGCGAGCCGAGUAGUCGGGAAUAUUGAUAAAUGAUCGAUUAUUAUGAAUCAACCUGAGAAGUGGCUGUGUACCCCCGGCUCAAAUAU